AUGUACCAGAGCUCCGCGCGCUGCCUCUGCUCGGCCCUGCCCGCCCUCUGCUGCGCUCCCGCCGCCUCAGCCUCCCGCCUGCCGCUGCCGCGGCCCCGCUGCCAGCCGCCGCCCCCCGGCCCCGCCGCGCCGCGGGCAGCAGCGGGCGGCCCGCCCGCCCCGGGGACGCCGCCCCGCACAGUGUGUUCCAUGGGAAACAGCACCAGCCGGCUCUACAGCGUGCUCGCCAAGACGCUGACCAGUGGCGCCGUGUCCCAGCACCAGGACUGCCUGGAGCAGCUGGACUCAGCACAGCUGGAUCCCAUAGACCCCAAGGAUUUGCUGGAGGAAUGUCAGAUCGUUCUGCAGAAGCGACCACCCCGGUUCCAGAGGAACUUUGUGAACCUGAAGAAAAACACCGGCAGUAACCACCGCCCCAUCCGGGUCAUGCAGUGGAACAUCCUCGCCCAAGCUCUCGGGGAAGGCAAAGACAACUUUGUCCAGUGCCCCAUGGAAGCUCUGAAGUGGGAGGAGAGGAAGUGCCUCAUACUGGAGGAAAUCCUUGCGUACAAGCCCGACAUCUUGUGCCUUCAGGAAGUCGACCACUACUUCGACACCUUUGAGCCGCUCCUCAGCCGCCUGGGCUACCAGUGCACGUUCUUCCCGAAGCCGUGGUCGCCGUGCCUGGACGUGGAGCACAACAACGGCCCGGACGGCUGCGCCAUAUUCUUCCUCAAGGAGCGCUUCGAGCUCGUCAGCAGCGCCAACAUCCGCCUCACCGCCAUGAAGCUGAAGACCAACCAGGUGGCCAUCGCUCAGACGCUCAAGUGCCACGAGACCGGCCGGCUCUUCUGCAUCGCCGUCACCCACCUGAAGGCCCGCACGGGCUGGGAGAGGUUCCGCUCUGCUCAGGGCUGUGACCUCCUCCAGAACCUCAAGAACAUCACCCAGGGAGCAAAGAUCCCUCUGAUUGUCUGCGGGGACUUCAAUGCGGAGCCAACCGAGGAGGUCUACAGGGAGUUCUCCAACUCCAGCCUCAAUCUGAACAGUGCGUACAAGCUGCUGAGCCCCGAUGGACAGACGGAGCCCCCCUACACCACCUGGAAGAUCCGGCCCUCUGGAGAGUGCCGGCACACGCUGGAUUACAUCUGGUACUCCCAGCAUGCCUUGAAUGUGAACUCAGCCCUGGGCUUGCUGACUGAAGAGCAAAUUGGGCCCAACAGGCUGCCCUCAUUCAAUUACCCUUCCGAUCACCUGUCCCUUGUGUGUGACUUUAGUUUCAAUCAGGACCCUGACAGACUGCUGUAAUGUCCCGGAAUGCCAGCUGCUAUUGCAGUGUCUGAACUCUCCAGUCUUUUAUUUUAGAGAAAACCUUUGAAGCUAGAUGCUGUUGAAAGAUGAGGAAAUACUGUUGACUAACCAUUAUUUCAGGCACUUGUUUGGAGUUACACUUGCUGUUCAGCCCUCAUUAAUGUGCAGCCUUCGAGGGAGGAAGAAGGAAGCCAGUGUUCUCAUCAUACUCUUCUUGCCGCUUCAGGGUUGGAAAACUAGAAGGCAAAUGGCUUUAUUCUUUCACUAAGCCCCCUGUUUUAAGGAUUUAAUCCUCUAAUGAAUGUGGAGGCCUUAGUAUUUAAAUCA